CUGAAUCACGUGACGGGGUGGUGAAACAUGGCGGCGGCUGUCGGGCCCGAGCGACCCCGAUGCCCGGCGCAGCCCAGGCCGGCCGCUCUGUUGCUGCUCCUCCUCACGGCGCUGCUCCAGCCGCUGCUGGCGGCCUCCGACAUCCACUUCAUCUCGGCGGUGCUGGACAAACACGGCGGCAGGCUGAGGGUGGUGCUGGGGCUGCGGCGGGACGGGGUGGCGUGGGGCAGCUUCCGGGACGACAUCAAAACCACGGGCUGGGCCUACCUUGAACUGACUACAAAUGGAACGUACAAUGAUAGUAUUCAGGCUUAUGCUGCAGGAAUAGUGGAGGCUGAGAUCACACGCCCCUAUAUUUACAUGCAUUGGAUGAAUACAUUGUAUGGCUACUGUGAACCCUUGAAAUAUCAGACUGCCUACUGUGAAAAGCUCAAAACCUACAUAGAGAGUAAUCUGGCAUGGAUGGAAGAAAUUCUAGCACAACAACCUACAGACGGAGACACCGAUCCAUAUUGGUACCAGAUACGAUUGGCAUUACUGCAGCUGAAAGGACUGGAUGACGGCUAUAAUAAGCAUAUUUUGUUUCCUACUGAAAAAUUCAGCAUUCGACCUGACGGAUUAAUUCUCUUACAGAUGACUGGUGACUUGGAAGAUCUAGAAAAUGUAUUUAAUAAAUCGGACAGUUCAAAGAUGUUUGGUUCUGGGUCUUGCUCUGCGCUCAUCAAACUAAUGCCAGACAAUAAGGAACUGCUUAUUUCGCAUGAUACCUGGAGUAGUUAUCAGACAAUGCUCAGAAUUAUCAAGAAAUACAAGAUGCCUUUUAAGACCUUCCCAGCAGGUGAUGUAAUACCAGGUGAAGUGCAGGCCUUUUCAUCAUAUCCAGGGACUAUCUUUUCUGGUGACGAUUUUUACAUCUUGAGCAGUGGAUUGGUCACUUUAGAAACCACAAUAGGUAAUAAUAAUGCACAUUUGUGGAGUUUUGUGAAGCCUUAUGGUUCUGUGAUGGAGUGGUUAAGAAACAUUGUGGCUAAUAGGCUUGCAACAACUGGUGCGGAAUGGGCUGCAACUUUUAAGAAGUUCAACAGUGGCACCUACAAUAAUCAGUGGAUGAUUGUGGACUAUAAUUUCUUUAAACCAGGCAAAUCUGAUAUGGAAAACAACCUGUUGACAGUUUUGGAACAAAUACCGGGCGAAAUCGUAGUUGCUGAUAAAACAGAUGUGCUGAUGCAGAACGGUUACUGGGCGAGUUACAACAUACCGUAUUUUGAAGACAUCUAUAACGCAAGUGGUAAACUAGCCUUGUUUCAGGAAUACGGAGACUGGUUCAGUUAUGACAAGAGUCCUCGGGCUCUGAUAUUCCGUCGAAAUCAGACUUCUGUUACAGACGUGAUUUCGAUGAUUAAAUUAAUGAGGUAUAAUAACUUUAAGAAAGAUCCUCUGUCAAAAUGUCAGCAAUGUGAUCCUAAGCCCAAUGGUGAAAAUUCAAUUUCGGCCAGAUCUGACCUUAACCCGGCCAAUGGAAGCUACCCAUUUUCUGCACUGGGACAGCGUCCACAUGGAGGCACAGAUAUGAAGGUCACCUCAUAUGAAUGGCAUAAGACCUUUAAGAUGUUUGCUGUGAGUGGCCCAACGUGGGAUGAGGUUCCGGCAUUUCGAUGGAGCAAAUCCCCUUUCAGUAAACUAAUGCACAUGGGACACCCCGAUCUAUGGAAGUUCAUGCCAGUGAUGGUGGAUUGGGAAUGAAAACCUGGAGCAUAUACCCGAUUAAAGAACGUACUUUAAAUCACAUCAUGCCACUUAUGUUGCCCUUCUGCCUCAUUUAAAAUAUUACCGUGUUUAUUUGUAUGAAGCUACUGUAUGAAAUGGGAGAAUUUUAAAUCUCUCAUUUGUGGUGUAAAUUUAUCAGAAUAAUCACCACCUUGUACCAAAGUUUUAUUUUGAAUGAAAUCUUGAAAUUUAAUAUACCUGGUAUAUUAAAAAUGGUACCACAAGCGCA